UGACUUCCCCCACCCACUCCAUGCUAAAAAAAGCAUGUAAAAACAAGAUACACAGGCAUGGCAUCUUUUCUUUUGUUUAUGUGAAGUUCUCUUGGUUGACCGCAGAGACCGAAAGAAAUGGAGAAUGGAAGUGAGAAGAAAUGGAAUUUUGAUGGGAACCAAAAGCUGAAGGCUUCAUCCAUGUCUGUGAGAGGAGCCUAUAACAUGUUGAUGGAAAAAGUUAACAACAGUGGAGACAACAAACCUCUAAUUCGUCUCUGUCGUGUAGAUCCUACGGAUAACCCACUCUAUCGGACUACCCCCGAUGCUGCUCAUGCUGUUGCAGCUUCUGUUCACUCUUAUAACUACAACUCUUACUCUCCCACCGUUGGCUUACCCGAGGCUAAGAGGGCAAUUGCAAAUUAUCUCUCUGCUGAUCUUCCAUACCAGUUAUCACCUGAGAAUGUUUUUAUCACCGUUGGUGGAACACAAGCUGUAGAUAUAAUCUUGCCAGUUCUUGCACGUCCUGGUGUCAACAUUCUCCUUCCAAGACCAGGGUACCCGCAAUAUGAUUCUCGUGCUUCUUGCUGUGCCCUUGAAGUUCGGCACUAUGAUCUUUUGCCUGAGAGAGGUUGGGAGGUCGACCUCGAUUCCCUCGAAGCUCUAACAGAUGACAAAACAGUGGCUAUGGUCCUCAUCAAUCCGAGCAAUCCUUGUGGAAAUGUGUUCACAUACCAACAUUUAAAAAGGGUUGCUGAGGUUGCUAGGAAACUCGGAAUCUUUGUUGUUUCUGAUGAAGUUUAUGCUCAUAUAACUUACGGAAGCAACCCAUUUGUCCCCAUGGGAGUGUUUUCAUCAAUAGUGCCUGUCAUUACAAUUGGAUCUUUGUCAAAAAGAUGGUUGGUUCCCGGUUGGAGAACUGGUUGGAUAGCCACAUGUGACCCUCAUGGAAUUUUUCACAAAACUGGGCUGGUGAAAAAUAUCAUCGACUAUUUGGAAAUCUCAACUGACCUUCCAACCAUCUUGCAGGCAGCAAUACCUGACAUCAUUGGCAAAACCAAAGAUGAUUUCUUCGUAAAAAAUCUUAAUAUAUUGAGGGAGACAGCAAAUAAGUUCUAUGAUUUAUGCAAGGAGAUUCCUUGCUUAACAUGCCCAAACAAACCAGAAGGAGCAAUGUGUGUGUUGGUGAAAAUUAACUUUUCGCAAAUUAAGGGCAUUGUUGAUGACAUGGAUUUCUGUGCCAAGCUAGCCGAAGAGGAAUCUGUCAUUCUUCUUCCUGGGGUUAUGGUUGGACUGAAGAAUUGGAUUCGAAUUAGUUUUGCUGUGGAUCCUUCCAGUAUUGUAGAUGGCUUCAGCAGGAUUAAAGCAUUUUGCCUUCGAUAUGCCAAGAUGGCAUGAAGUCAUGUCACACUGUAAAGGGUGGGAAGUGUUAGUUUCUUAUCCAUGUUAUAUUUAUGAACACCAUUUCUUUCGCAAACUAUAUGUAUGAAGAUACUCACCUCCUCUUUUUAUAUUAUCAAUCUUUAAUCCA